AUGCGAGAGAACAAGAAAGUCACAGACGUGGGCGUUCACUGGCCUGCUCAAGCACUUAGUUGUUGUGAAGGUGCACCUGUCGGAGCGCAUGCCGCGGUAGACCGCAGCAUUCAGAGCGGCCAGUUUCCGGAGUGCCGGUGCGGCGGCGCGCUGUGCAAGAACCCAAACAAAGAAGCUGCUUGCUGGCCGCGACGCGUCACGUCACGGCGGCGCCCAACGAGGCCGCAGCCCAAAACCAGGUGCGUCUCCUCCCGGCCGCAGGCACGCCGGCGGGGUUUCUUGCGAUUCGAGGUGCGAAAGCGACCCGGAUAUAGCGGAGGAGGUGCCGUCUGUGCUGUUGAGCUCAAUCACUUCCUCCCGUGCAACGCUACACUUAAGCAGAGGACAAAAGUCAACACAGCACCAUUAAAUACGUCUAUCACCUACCAUUCUCCAAGUACGAGUGUAUCAGACUGCGCAGAGGGAGAGGCCGACCCACAACAAGACCAAGAACUAGAACGGGUGACCAGCGGAGCGCGACCUCUGUCAGCCAAUGGCAGCGCUACCACAAACAACCGAAACAACAACGAGGAACGCCGAUUCGCUGACAUCAUCAAAGAGAAGCCAAUCAAAGUGACCGUCCGCGUGCUGGUACCAGUUAAGGAGCAUCCCAAGUUCAAUUUCGUGGGCAAGUUACUCGGUCCCAAGGGUAACUCCCUCAAGAGGCUCCAGGAGGACACGAUGACGAAGAUGGCCGUUCUCGGCAGAGGUUCCAUGAGAGACAAGGCCAAGGAGGAGGAGCUGCGCGCGUCCAGCGACCCCAAGUACGCCCACUUCAACGACGACCUGCACGUCGAGAUCACGGCGUUCGCGCCGCCCGCGGAGGCACACGCGCGCAUCGCCUACGCACUCGCCGAGGUCCGCAAGUUCCUCGUGCCGGACUACAACGACGAGAUCCGUCAGGAGCAGAUGCGCGAGAUGCAGCUGCUGAGCGCGCCCUCCGCCGUUGCAGCCUCCGCCGGUGCCGACGUCCUCUCGCCAGCCUCCCCAGCUGGGUCGCCCACAGCGGCGGCGGCGGGCUACCUCUACCAGCCGCAGCAGCUGCUGCUGCACCCUGCCUUCCGCGGGCUCGCGGCCGCCAGACCCGCAGCCCUGCGCAGCGGCGGCUCCAUCCUGAGCCGGCUGCGACCGGCACGCUCGCGGCCCGUGCUGCCGCUGCUGUCCCGCGACGGGUCGGAGGCGGAAGCGCAGCCCGAUGUUGUGGACCCCGCCGUCAGCCCCGCCCCCGCGCCGCAGCUCUACAACCUCUACGACUCGUACGCAGCCGCCGCCGCAGCCGGGUACGGCCUGCUGGACGGCUACGUCAACGGGGGCGGCCUCAUCGCGCCGGAGACCAUGGAGGAGCUGUCCGCCGCUGCCGCCGCGCCAGAGGCCGUCGCCACUUCCGUGACUCCGGACUUGACGGGCCGCGCGGACGCGUCCGUGCUGAAGAUGGACCGCACACGGUACCGGCACGACCCGUACGCCCGCUACACCGGCCUGAAGUUGCCGCUGUAACUGCCAGCGAAACGCCUGCCAGCUGACUGCGGGGGCGGCGGGGGCCUCGACGUCGACGACGGUGAAUGUGGCUGCGAAGGUUACUCUGCGGCGACUGGAAGCGAUCCUCACUGUAAACGUAGCAGCAGUCAGGGCCUUAAUGGUUUGUACUUGAGUUCAAGCGGGCAUCCGGAAGAAAAGAACAAGUGAGGACCUGCACUAGUGGAUUAACACAUAAGGUCUCUGAGUCUCUGACACUGAGUUUGCUCCUCGAUUCGUUCGUUACUUUCAUAUUAUUUGUUACAUCUCCUUUCCAUUCCUUUCGAUUACCCCUCUUGACAAGCAAAAUAAAGAGAACAGUUGGCUACUUGCUCAGUGUUCUGUACA